CCCGCGCUCUCGCGAGAGGGGCGGGGCGGGGCUCCCCGGCCGCCGCCGCCGCCGCUCCCGGCCCGUCCCGGUGCAUUCGCGGCCCGUCCCCGUCCCCGCCGCUCGCUGCAGCCAUGGCGGGCGCGGCCCCGGGCUGGGCGCCCACCCACGUGCGGGUGACGGUGCUGCGGGCGCGGGGGCUGCGCGCCAAGGCGGCGGCGGGCGGCAGCGACGCGUACGCGGUGAUGGCGCUGGGCCGCGACAAGUUCCGCACGUCGGUGGCCGAGCGGUGCCGGGGGGAGCCGCUGUGGCGGGAGGAGGCCACGUUCGAGCUGCCGGCGCGGCCCGCCGCGCUGCGCCUCACGGUGCUGCACCGCGCCCUGGCCGGCGCCGACAAGUUCCUGGGCCGCGCCGAGGUGGAGCUGGCCGCGCUGAGGGACGGCGGCGGCCGGCAGCACACCAGGUGGUACAAGCUUCGCUCCAAACCAGGGAAAAAGGAGAAAGAGAGAGGGGAGAUCGAGGUGGAUAUCCAGUUCAUGAGGAGCAACAUGACAGCCAGCAUGUUUGAUCUGUCCAUGAAGGACAAGCCCCGCUCUCCCUUCGGGAAGCUCAAAGACAAGCUCAAGGGCAAGAGGAGCAGUGGCCUCUCAGACACGGCGUCGGCCAUCGUCCCCAGCACGUCCCACUCCCCUGCUGACAGCGAGGAUGAGGCAGUGGAGAAGGAGAAGAAGAAAUCCAAGUUCAAAGCGCUGUUCUCCAAGCCUGGCCUGCAGAAGACAUCCCUGUCCCAGUCCAUGUCAGUGCUGCCCACUCAGCAGCCCCUCACCCAGAGGGUUCGCCUGCGGCCCAGCGACUUCCAGGCGCAGUGGGAUGAGGAGGAGUCCGAGACCUCUCCUGCCUCAGAACGAUCCUUUGAAAGUGUGCCGGAACAGAAGCCAGCUCCUUCUCCUCUGUUUAAAUCUCGUAAACCAGCCUUUUUGGACAGUAGGCAGCUAACCCAGGGAACCACUAACCACACCAAAAAGGAUGGGCUCUCUUUGUUCAGUGGCCUUAAAUCCAAAAGCGAUCCCGUGUCCAAGUCUAGUCUGUGCAUCAAUGGCAGUCACGUUUAUAUGGAAGAGACCACGACGAAGGACAAGACUCCAACCUCCUCCCCCUCUCCUCACAACCUCAGGAGGAAGCAGCUCUUUGCUUCAGAGGAGAACCUGUCCUCCAGGUCCACGAAAUCACCUGAAGAGAUGGGGAGAACCUCUCCUGGGCAGGCAUUCUCUGGGUCCACAUCCUUGGAGACCUUCAAAUCCAUGACUUUACCGUCAUACAAACUGCUCAGCAGUGAGGAGCACCUGGACACCAGCGUUCCACCAAGCGUUGAGCCUGUUAGAGAGACCAAAAAACCAGACCACAAAAAGUCUGCCUUGCUCUCCCUGGUCACUGGGAAGAAGGAAACAGCGAAGCCCAGCGAUGCUGAGAUUAUUCCCGACAGGACCCUGCAGAGUGAGGAAAACACAAUUCUGGAAGAGAAGAGUGAAGAGGAGGCCAAAUGCCCUGAAGCCCCAGCAGAUGUGGGGAGAGGGAGCCCGUCAGGAGACGCUCACCACGCGGAGGAGGCCGCCACAACCAAGCAGCUGCUCAGCCCUUGCGAGGAGGAACGGAAACCUGAGAAAGCUGCUCCAGCCAAGACCAAAGCUGUGAAACCCAGACUGGGCCUGUCUCCAGAGGAGGAACCCAAAGCCACGCUUCCUACUCUUGCACCUGACCCCCUCCCUGCUUUUCUCUCUGUGCACCGUAUCAGCAGUGCCAAUAAUCCUUUUAUUUCUGAACUGGGCCAGACAGUCCAAGUGCCAGACUCUGAAAACACCACUAGUUCUCCUGCCUCUCUCACUUCUCCUGCUUUUGCUGCAGAGCUCUGGAAUGACAAGAACCCUUUUACUCCUGAGUGGGACAGGGCAUCCAGAGCCCUGCAUCCCGACAGCAUGGCCCAUUUCCCUUCAUCCCAUCAUCCUGCAGCCUCUGUUCCCAAAGUGCCUCUUCCUGGGCAGCUCUCUGCCAGGGGCAAUAAUCCUUUUGCUGCUGGCUGGGGGCAGGGUCCUGAGGGCUCUGAGGCUUCCCAGGGUCUCUCUGGCCCAUGCACACCUUCUGUCCCCUCUGACUGUCCUUUCAAGGACAACAAUCCCUUCGUGUCCAAGCGUGGGGGACAGGCAGUGCCAGCUUCCCAGGAUGGUUCUUCCCCUUCCUGCCUUCCUGGUGGGGAGGAUUGUUCCUCUGCAGGACGCCCUGCUCCUGGUGCUUCAGGGGGCUCUGCAGAUGUGGCUUUAACCAGUGAUGUCACAGCUGUGCCAGACCCUCUGGGCGCCUUGUCUGACCCCCCUGCUGGCCCCCCUGGGCUGGCUCCAGAGCCACACUGGGAUUCUGCCCGGCUUCAGCCUGAGGGUUCUUUGGAAAGCAGCAAGCCAGGCUGUGGGAAAUCUGUGUCCUUUGUCCUUGGGGAGUGGCAGGGUGUUCCCUCAGGUGAUGCGGGUUUGGGUGGGCAGGAAGGUGGAGAGCAGCCCCCGGAUUCCAGUGGGAGGUUACAGAUGAGUUCAGCAGGAGAGCGAGCAGGGUUUGGGGGUGAGCUGGGAGCAGGGGGUGACCCAUCGACAGAGCUCUCUGGGGACAGCACACAUCCCACCUGGAGCACUGAUGGAACAGCUGUGGAGGUCAGUGGUGUGAGCACUGAGCCCUGCACGAGGGGUGACAAAGGUUCUGUGUCUCUCUCCAAGUGCAGUGACAGCCUCGUGCCAGAGGCUGAGCGGGCACAAUCCCCCAAGAGCGAGCUCAGGGAGGAGCAGGAGAGCUGUGCUGGAAAGCAGUGGGCAGAAUGUGUGCCCAUGUUAGAGCCCCAGGCACCUCCACCUGCUGGAAACGAGCCACUUUCUCAAGUGCAGCCAACACCGAGAGCCUGCACGGUGUCCCCUGGGGAAGGGGAUCCAGGGAGGGCUGGCAGUGAGGUCCUCGUGCCCCCAAAGCCAGCCCCACGACUGGCUGUACUGCUGAGGAAGUCCCCAGCGAGUCCCCAGGCUGAGCUGAGGGGUGAUGCUCCUGCUUCAGGGGAUGGUGCAAAAUCCACCCCGGGGCUCCCGUUCCCUGAGGCCUCAGCUGCUCGUGGGUGCCUCCCUCAAGGGGGCUCCUUGGAGACUGUCACCCCUGCAGUGACACCCAGAGGCAGGAGCAGUGGCAGGCCUGGAGAAAAGGAAGGUGGUGCUGAUUUGUCUGUCAGUCUCACAAGUGUCAGGUGUGCUGUUCCUGUUCCCGGGGACCGGGGCUCGGCGCUGCCCGGUCUGCCCGUGAUCCCGGAGGGAGGCUCCGAUGACGAGCUGCUGGGGGACUGCCAGGACAGCUGCGGGGCCACUGCAGGUGACAGAGGUGUUCUAGAGAAUGGAGAGCAGCCCCGAGGUUUGACACCUUUGCCUGGAGAACAGAGAGAGCUCUCUGAUAGCUCUGCUGCAGCCCCGGUGAUCCCGGCUGCUCCGGGAGGAGGAGCAGGAGCCAUUCCUGGUGCUCGUGAGCCAGGGAGUUUGGCUGUGCUGCCUGCUGCAGUGGGUGCUCCCAGGGUGUGUGUCCAGGCAGCUGGCUCAGGCUUAGGUGUGAUACCUCAUUCCAGGGAGUGUGACAGUCAUUUUGAGAAACCAGAGCUGGAAAGGGGCGCAGGUGCUGCGGAGCGUGCAGAGUGUGACUUCUCUGAGCCUUCUGCUUUCUCUUCCUCCCUAUCAAGUCCUCGCCAGCCCCACUCUUCCUCUCAUUCCCUUCUCUCUGACACCCCGAGUCGUAGAGCAGAGUCUCCGAAAAAGCCAAGAGCCGAGGGCUUCGCAGAUAAAGCGGGAAAUUCGGGCAAGAAGAAACUUCUGCAGGCACGGGUUCCACCCUCUGAAACGUUCCCUAACCAAACCCCACGGGGUGCUGAAACCGUGUCUCCCAAGCACAGACUCCAUCCUGUGAAGCCAAUGAAUGCCAUGGCAAACAAACCUCAGAGCAAGAACCUGAAUGUCAUCAGCACCAUGAAUGAAAAGCUGCUGGAAAUGAGUGUGAAGAAAUAUGAUCCCUCAGACCCUGCCUAUGCCUACGCUCAGCUGACACACGAUGAGCUGAUCCAGCUGGUGCUGAAACAGAAGGACACCAUCACCAGGAAGGACCUCCAGGUGCGGGAGCUCGAGGACUACAUCGACAACCUGCUCGUCAGAGUCAUGGAGGAAACCCCAAACAUCCUCCGAGUUUCCAUGUCUGGCAACAAAAAAGCUGGGAAGAUGUGAAGGGUCUGGUGGGCAAGGACUGAGUUCCCCAGGGGAGGGUGAGGAGCUGCUGGUGCUGCUUGUGCUGCUCACAGAAAGUGACCUUUUCCUGUUCCUGCCUUGAGCAACCCUCAGAUUGAUUAAUAGUUCCAUCAGGUGUUGUAAUGAAGUCACGUUAUUUAUUUUUUGGUUUCUUCCCAUUGUUUGGGAAGGUCAGGCAUUAAUCCCAAGGCUGGUUGCGAUGGGAAGGAGGAGGGUUUUUGAUGUGUUUUGCUUCCCAGCAAGGCACUGAUGAUCCUUUAGGAAGAAGUUUUUGAAAUGGUUUUGUUUUGUAGCAGCUUUUAGAGAUCAAUUACUUUUCUUUCCACAUCUGAAGUUGUAGUGCAAUAUAAAUCCUUGUACAGUAGAGCUUGAGGAUUUGAUUGUUUUAAAAUAAUAAUGAACUACACUGGAGAGGUCCAAAGAUGGCCCAGCUUCAGACCUGGGCUGGAAUUUAAAAGGAAUUAAUGCCCUGAAAGUUGACAGUAAGCUGAUCAAAUCUCAGUUCAUCUCAUCAAGUGGACAUUCCCAAGAGUCCUUCAAGGGAAAGUUUUCAGGUUUUUCGGAGUAGGAGUCACUGAGUUCACGGUAUGUUUCUACCAUAGGAAUGGCGUCAAUGAAUUUAGGCCAAAGGUACAUUUUAAAUCAGAAAUUGUUCUCUCAGUGUCUUAACUUUCUGCUCUAGAGGUUGUUCAGAGCAGGCAGAGGCUGCCCUGGCUCUGCUCUCACCCCUUGUGCCCUGUGGGAGCUCUGUGCCCAUUUUUACACUGAUUGAGGACACAGAAAUCCUUUGAGGGUUGGAGCUGGGGCUCACCUUGAAGGCCCUUCCUAAGGUACAUUUUAAAUCAGAAAUUCUUCUCUUAGUAUGUUAAAUUUCUGCUCUGGAGUUUGUUCAGAGCAGGCAGAGGCUGCCCUGCUCUCACGCCUUGUGCCCUGUGGGAGCUCUGUGACCUUUUCCCUUUUACACUACAGUGAGGACACAGAAAUCCUUUGGGGGUCGGAGCUGGGCUCACCCUGAAGGCCCUUCCUAAGGUACAUUUUAAAUCAGAAAUUCUUCUCUCAGUGUGUUAAAUUUCUGCUCUGGAGGUUGUUCUGAGCUGGGCUCACCCUGAAGGCCCUUCCAAGGUGAUCAGCCUUGCAGUGCUUUUUGCUGUCACUGCCCACAGGGGCUCCUGCCUGCUCUGCUCCUCGCUGCUCGCAGAGGGAGGAAAGCCUUGUGUGGCUGAGGGAGCUGGGUGUGCUGGAGAGCCCAGAGCUCCUGGGGGGUCUCCGGGGUGUUCUCCCCAUCCCCUCAGGCUGCAGGAGCAGCUCCUGGCUGGGGAGCAGCCAGCACAGCUUCCCCCACUGCAACCUGACCGGGGCUUUGUGUGCCGAGCGCGCAGAUCAAACCCAGCAGGUGCCUUUUGGCACCCCUGGGAUUUACCAGGGUAGGGAGAGUCCAUGGAAGGCUUAGAGGGAAGCUGGAAAACCCACAGAGCCCUGCAAAGGACCAAAGCUUCAUGAGGACCAAAGCUGAAAGCUUUCCAGCCUUAAUCCUAUGGGAAUAAACACUCCUACCUUUGGAAAGUGUUGGGGUUUUGGGUCACUCCUGGCCCAGGGGUGAGUUUCUAACUCCAGUUUUCUACAGGGAAGCACUUUAUUGGGGGACUGGAGCAGCUGGAGGGACUCUCCCCCUGUGAGCAGUCUGCUCACAAUGUCACAAAGCACUGGAGAUCUCGAAUGCUGUGUUCUGUAGCAAGGAGCAGUUCGAUA